UUACUUCACUCAUCAUGCAUUGCCAUGUCAAUGCAGUAUUUUUCAACUCUUAGUUGAAGACGACAAAGAUCUACUCGUCCACGAUUUAUUCGAGGUCCCAUACUUAUAUAUAAACCAAGCAACAAGAUUACAAGGGGGGAAAAAGAUUGGAAAAAAUAAGUAAAAAGACUAUAAGCAUGGAAGCAGAAGCAAAGGAAAAGAAAGAGAUUACAGAGAAGGAAGACAAUAUCGAAGAGGAGGCGAAGGCGGUUGAAGGAGGAGGAGGAGUUGUGAGAGCUCAGCCAUGGACGAAGCAACUAACUGUAAGAGGAGUAAUAGUUAGUGCAGUGAUCGGAGCAAUCUACAGUAUAAUAGCAAUGAAGCUUAAUCUUACAACUGGAUUGGUUCCUAAUCUCAAUGUCUCAGCUGCGCUUCUUGCUUUUGUGUGUAUAAGAACAUGGACAAAGCUUGUUCACAAGGCGGGUUACGUUGCUAAACCUUUUACUCGGCAAGAGAAUACAAUGAUUCAAACAUGUGCAGUUGCUUGCUAUAGUAUAACCGUUGGAGGUGGAUUUGCUUCUUAUCUUUUGGGAUUGAAUAGGAAGACUUAUGAGCUAUCAGGAGUGCACACUGAAGGAAAUUCUGCAGCAGCUAUAAAGGAACCUGGAUUUGGUUGGAUGAAUGGCUUCCUUUUUCUUGUUUGUUUUGUUGGUCUUUUUGUUUUAAUUCCACUUAGAAAGAUUAUGAUAGUAGACCUGAAGUUGACUUAUCCCAGUGGAAUGGCAACCGCAGUUCUCAUCAAUGGCUUCCAUACCCAAGGAGACAAGAUGGCUAAGAAACAAGUUCAUGGGUUCAUGAAGUACUUCUCGUUCAGCUUCUUGUGGGCAUUUUUCAAGUGGUUCUAUGCAGGAAAAGAAGCAUGUGGAUUUUCACAGUUUCCUACUUUUGGAUUGCAGGCUUGGAAUCAAACGUUUUUCUUUGAUUUUAGCACAACAUUUGUGGGAGCAGGGAUGAUUGUUUCCCACUUGGUGAACCUGUCCUUACUUCUUGGAGCUGUCCUGUCGUAUGGGAUCAUGUGGCCACUUAUCAAUAAGCUUAAGGGAGACUGGUUUCCUGUGAAUACAGAAGGCGAAGCAGACAUGAAGGGUUUGUAUGGUUACAAGGUUUUUCUGUCUGUUGCUCUCAUCCUCGGAGAUGGCCUCUACACUUUCGUCAAGAUCAUGUCUAUAACACUCAUCAACAUUCAUGCCAGAAUUAAAACUAAAAAAAACCUCCAACAAGCAGCUAUGAAUGAACAGAAGAAGCCAACUGAGGAACUAACACAGAAUGAACUGUUUGUUAGAGAAAUUAUACCAAUGUGGGUAGCGAUCGUUGGAUACCUGUUUUUCUCUGUUAUAUCGACAAUCGGGGUUCCACUCAUAUUCCCUCAGCUGAAAUGGUACUAUGUUGUUGUUGCUUACAUUCUUGCUCCAUCUCUGGCAUUUUGCAAUGCUUAUGGAACAGGACUUACAGACAUAAACAUGGCUUACAAUUAUGGAAAAGUUGCUCUGUUUGUACUAGCUGCAGUAUCUGGAAAGGAGAACGGCGUCGUAGCAGCACUUGCCGGGUGUGGCCUUAUUAAGUCUGUUGUUUCUGUUGCCUGCAUUCUGAUGCAGGACUUCAAAACAGCUCAUCUGACAAGCACUUCCCCCCGAGCAAUGUUCUUGAGCCAGGUCAUCGGAACCGCCAUGGGGUGUGUGAUGGCUCCUCUGAGCUUCUUCUUAUAUUACAAGGCGUUUGAUGUUGGAAAUCAACAAGGAGAAUUCAAAGCACCUUAUGCGCUUAUUUACAGAAACAUGGCCAUUCUCGGCGUUGAAGGUGUCUCUGCUUUGCCUCACCACUGCUUGCAGCUUUGUUAUGGUUUCUUUGGGUUUGCAGUAGCACUUAAUCUCUUGAGGGACCUCUCACCACGGAAGCUCGGUCCAUGGAUUCCGCUUCCGAUGGUCAUGGCGGUGCCUUUUCUUGUUGGCGCUUACUUUGCCAUCGACAUGUGCAUUGGAAGUGUAAUUGUUUUCACAUGGAACAAGCUCAACAGAAAGACGGCAGAAUCGAUGAUACCGGCAGUUGCUUCCGGAUUAAUCUGCGGAGAAGGGUUGUGGACUCUUCCUGCUGCCGUUCUAGCUUUGGCUAAAAUUAACCCACCCAUCUGCAUGAAAUUUACACCUUCCUAGUCCUAGACAAACCUUAUAAUCCAAGUUAAUUCUUGACUACAACAAGGUGCAGUGCACCAAGCUAAUAUGAAUGGUAUAGUUUGAAGCUCUGACGAUUCAAAUUAUAUCUUGAAUAUAGGAAAACAAUAUAUUCUGGAAUUUGGAUCAGUAGUGAAGUGAAACAGGAUAGUGUAGGUUCCACAAAAGUUGUAUAACAGAUUAUCAGCAUACCAACUUCAUACUCACUGAAGCAACUAUAUUAUACUAUCAUUGCCACAAAUUCAAUUUUUCGUUUUCAUAUAAGAAGAUAGAUUUUUAUUUGAAAAUAAGAACAGUCUUACUAAAAUGUUUAAUUUGAAGAUAAAUUAUUCGAUGCAUGCUUUUAAUUAACAAAAAGAGCAAAAUCAUAAUUAAUAAACAUACCCUAAUUUCAAUUGAAAACCUCAUUCAAACAAUUGAUUUCCAUUUUCCUUUUUCUAAAGUCAAUACCAAUUUCUAAUUUACCGCUACCUUUAAUCAUUCCAAAACUAAAUUCUUGGAAACUCUUUACCUAGACCAGAUCCAUGAACAUGGAUCUAACCAGUCAAAUAUCAGAAUAUGAGAAAUUAUAGAAAAAUGAAUCAUCUCAAUUUAUGGUACAAGCAAGUCCACAAUAUUACUUGGUAUAAAACAAAAGGAAUGUACAUAUGAUCAAUUGCUUCAGAGAAAAAGUUCCAAACAUUACUCUAGACCAAAAUUUAUACAAUAUACAUAAUUCAAAUGAUCAAAUCAUAAUACAUUAACUCUAAAUCUUGAUAAAUAUAUUGUGGUCAUAGCAUAUAACCCAUAGCUAUAAUCAGCCUGUGACUAUACCUGCUAGGACUUCACUCUUACCCCGUGCAUAUAUUGUAUAAACUAAUCGAAUUGCAUCAAGCCAUCCAUCUAGUGAUUCCCACGAGUCGGCAACC